UGUUAUAUUGGACAUGAUUGUUUUAUAUAUACACUGAGGUAUGCAAAGACAUAUGCUACCAAACAGAUACGGCAAUAAUACACCAAACUCGUUGACUUCCAUUUUCUUUAUGUAUGUAGGUGACAUUUUUUAGCAGGGGAAGCAUUUACAAUACUCCAUCCUUUAUUCAAAUUCAGGUUCAAAAUCAGAUUCCAAUCUUCAAGUUUAAACAUUCUGCUAUUCAUCAAUCAAUAUACUCCAACGGUGGCAGAUGGGAAAGAAAAACGACGAACCUGCUGCUUCUUCUUCAUCAUCUUCUGCUUCUGUGGUUUUGCAACUGGACAUGCACUGUCAUGGAUGCACCAAGAAGAUCCUAAGAACUGUUCACCGUUUCGAUGGUGUGCAGGAAGUUACACAUAUAUCCUAUAACAAACUAAAAAUUGUUGGAAACGUGGACCCUGAAAUAGUGCGAGAUAAAUUGCAGCGUAAAAUUAACAAGGUGGUUUACCUCGUGAAGGAAAAUAAACUUCAUGAAGUGUUUUUGAGUUUUAGAGGGAAGGACACUCGUGUAUCCUUCACUUCACAUCUCUAUGCUGCACUUCAAAAUGCUGGAAUUACUGUUUUUAGAGACGAUGAUUCGCUUCAAAGAGGUGAUCAAAUUUCAACAUCACUACUACGAACAAUUGAACUAACUCAAAUUUCUGUGAUUGUUUUCUCGAGCAAUUAUUCCGAUUCAAAAUGGUGUCUGGAUGAAUUGGUGAGAAUAAUGAAAUGUCGCAGAACUACAGGACAAGUUGUUCUACCGAUAUUCUACGAUGUUGAUCCCUCAGAAAUACGUCAUCAAACAGGAGAGUUUGGAAAAGCAUUUCAAAAUCUUUUGAACAGAAUCAGAAUUUCAAAUGAGAUAGACGAUUCGAUGAAUUUAGUGCCUCUUUGGAUAGAGGCGCUUCGUGAAGUGGCUGGUCUUGCAGGGUUUGUAGUCCUAAAUUCCAGGAAUGAAAGCGAGGCUAUCAAGGAUAUCGUCGAAAAAGUUACGCGCUUGCUUAACAAGACAGACUUGUUUGUUGUUGAUAAUCCAGCGGGGGUUGAAUCCCGAUUGCAAGAUAUGAUUCAACUGCUUGAUAUCCAACAAUCAAAUGAUAUUCUACUAUUAGGGAUGUGGGGUAUGGGAGGAAUUGGUAAGACUACCAUUGUGAAAGCCAUUUAUAAUAAACUUGGCCACAACUUUGAAGGUAGGAGUUUCCUUGCAAAUAUUAGGGAAGUUUGGGAGCAACCGGAUGGACAGUUGCAUUUACAAGAACGACUUCUUUUCGAUAUCUGCAAAGAAACAACAACAAAGAUACAAAACAUUGAGUCGGGAAAAGUUAUAUUAAAGGAUAGACUCUGUCAUAAGAAAAUACUUCUUGUACUAGAUGAUGUGAAUUCAUUGGACCAACUGAAAGCUUUAUGUGGUGAGCGUAAUUGGUUUGGUUCAGGGAGUAAAAUAGUCAUCACAACUAGAGAUAUGAAUAUACUUAGAGGGAAUAGAGUUGACCAGGUAUAUGUGAUGAAAGAAAUGGAUGCAAAUGAAUCACUUGAGCUAUUUAGUUGGCAUGCGUUCAAGCAAGCAAGUCCAAGAGAUGGUUUUGUUGGAAUUUCUGAAAAUGUAGUCGAGUAUUGUGGUGGAUUGCCGCUAGCUUUGGAAGUUCUAGGCUCAUAUUUGUUUGAUAGAGGGGCAGUAGAAUGGAACUGUGCAUUAGAAAAACUUAAAAGAAUUCCUAACAAUCAAGUACAAAAGAAGUUAAAAAUAAGCUAUGAUGGUUUAAAUGACGAGACUGAGAAAGAAAUAUUUCUUGACAUAGCUUGUUUCUUUAUUGGGAUGGACCGAAAUGAUGUCAUACAAAUAUUAAAUGGCUGUGGACUUUUUGCAGAAAUUGGAAUAAGUGUUCUUGUUGAGCGAAGCCUUGUAAUUGUUGACAGCAAGAACAAACUUGGAAUGCACGAUUUGCUGCGAGAUAUGGGAAGAGAAAUCGUUCGUGAGAAAUCACCAAAGGAGCUUGGGGAGCGUAGCAGGUUGUGCUUUAAGGAGGAUGUGCUUGAUGUAUUAUCAGAACAAACCGGAACACAAGCUGUUGAGGGACUGGCUUUGAAGUUGCUAAAAGGUGAUGCAAAUCGUUUUAGAACUAAAGCAUUUGAAAAGAUGAAUAAACUAAGAUUGCUUCAACUUUCUGGCGUACAACUUGAUGGAGAUUUUGACUAUCUUUCUAGAAAACUAAGAUGGCUAUGUUGGAAUGGAUUUCCUUUAAGAUGCAUACCUAAAAACUUUGAUCAAGGAAAUUUAGUUUCCAUGGAGUUUGAAAACAGCAGUGUCAAACUUCUGUGGAAAGAGAACAAGAUGAUGGAGAAGCUGAAAAUUCUCAAUCUUAGUCAUUCUCAUUACCUGAUACAAACCCCGGACUUUUCUUACUUACCUAAUCUUGAAAAGUUAGUACUCGUGGAUUGUCCAAGUUUGUGUGAGAUUUCUCAUAGCAUUGGAGAUCUCAAGAAAAUUCUUCUCAUUAAUUUGGAAGACUGUAUUAGCCUAUGUAGCCUGCCAAGAAGCAUCUAUAAGUUGAAUUCUCUAAAAACUCUCAUUCUUUCGGGUUGUUUAAAGAUUGACAAGUUGGAAGAGGACUUAGAACAAAUGAAAUCUUUAACCAUUCUGAUCGCAAAUAACACUGCAAUAACAAAAGUUCCCUUUUUAGUAGUAAGGUCAAAAAGCAUUGGAUAUAUUUCUCUGUGUGGCUAUGAAGGAUUCUCACGCGAUGUAUUUCCAUCUAUCAUCUGGUCUUGGAUGUCACCAACAAGUUCUCUUUCAUUCGAAGUUCAAAUAUCUCCUGCGAUGUCAUCUCUGGUUUCUUUAGAUAUACCACAUAGUAGCUCCCAAGAUCUGUCAACUAUUUCCAACCACCUUUCAAGGCUUCGAAGUCUAUGGGUAGAGUGUGGCUCAGAACUACAACUUUCUGAAGAUGCACAAAUCAUUUUGGAUGCUUUAUACGCCACAUUUUCUAAGGAAAUGGAAUCGAUUUCAGCUACUUCACAAGCAUCAGAUAUGAAAACUUCUGCAUUAAUUCAACGCUGCAUUCAAUUGCACGGUUCCAGAUCAGAAGAUUACUUAAAGUCUGUUCUAAUACAAAUGGGAAUGAAUUUCCAAGUAACCAAUAAUCUAAAAGAAAACAUUUUACAGAAUAUGGAUGAGAAUGGGAGUGGUGGUUGUUUGCUUCCUGGUGACAGUUAUCCAGAUUGGUUAACUUUCAAUUCUGAAGGUUCUUCUGUUACUUUUGAAGUUCCUCAAGUGGAAGGGCGAAUGUUGAAGACAAUAACGAUAUGUGUUGUCUAUUCUUCAACUUCGGAUAAUAUAACAUCUGAUGGCCUGAGAAACUUGUUGGUGAAAAAUUACACAAAGGCUACCAUUCAGCUAUACAAGAGAGAGGCAGUAGCCGCCUUUGAAGAUGAGGAGGGCCAGAGAGUUGUAUCAAGUAUAGAACCUGGUAACAAAGUGGAGGUUGUCGUUGUUAUUGAGAAUGGUUUCAUUGUGAAGAAGACAGCAAUUUAUCUCAUAUAUGAUGAAAAAGAAUGCUUGGUCAGAAAGGACUCUCUUAAAGCAACUCCCAUGGAUGACUUACAACAUAACAGAAGGGAGAAAUUUUUCAAGUGGAGAUGGAAGACGGUUAAAGAAUGGUGUGGUAAAAAUAAAUCCUUAUGUUGGCUGGAAUCCUCGGUUAAAGACGGUUAAAGAAUGGCAUGGUAAAGUUUUGCAAGUUGUGUUAGAUCCAUCAAAUAAAGUUUUCAACAGUUACAGGUUUUAUGUGCAGUCUGGUUUGCAGCCUUCUGUUUAUUGUUGUAAACGUGCAGUCUGCAAUCUGCCUUUGUUCAUUUUUCUUCUUUUAGGCUGUAGAAAUUCCAUAUGUAUUUAUUGGUUAUAUCAUUGUAAAAUCAUCGAUAAAGAAAUUUUAAACAUUCAUUACCAGUGUACUUAAAAAAAAUGAUAAAAGUUGUCUGAAUGAGAAAUCUAAAGUAUAGUGUGAGGAUAAACUAGGUUAUUAUGUCAUACGAGAGCCAUAUAAUUAUUGUUUCAUUUUAAUUUUAUUGUCCUUUCUACUUA